AUGGUAGGUUUUUUUUCAAUUCUCCGUUAUUAUAUAAAGCACGAGAUAAAAUUCUCUGUAAAUUAAACAAAAUAUUUCUUAUCACCAUUUUCAGGGAGAGACCUUCUCCGACACAAAAUCUGCCAUUAAGUGGCUGACACAACCCAGCAACGAACACACGACGGCCAAAAGUACGCCUUCAAGACGUAUAUCCCGAAAAAAACGUGGAAUUUGUGCCGCAAAGAAUUUAAGGAGAUGGUCGAGGUGAGUUUUUCAAGCUCGAUCUUUUUUCUGUCUUUCAUCGCGCGCCACGCCAAUUUAUAUUACUUCUAAAGAAGUCAAAAAAAUAAUUCGUGUCAAGUCUCUCCCUGACCUGUUGGGUCAACUGUUUUCCACGGUUAAAAAACGACCGUAUCCAGGGGUGGUCGGCUUGGGCCGGAGCCGGCCGGUAGCCCGAGCCCAAACGGGCCGGCCGGCCUCAAAAAUGGAAAUUGACAAACGGGCCGGGGCCCGUCACGGGCCGAGGCCGGGCCGCUGGGGCCUGAGGGUUUUUUCCGGCCCGGCCCGGCCCGAUACAAAAUACAAUGCCAAACCGUUGGCAUUCAUUGUUUUCGCGCCGGGAAAAUUAAUUGAUGUUGUUAUAGUUGCUGUUUCUCAAGUUCUAACACGUUUACAAGUCUAUAGUUCCAUUAUAGAACCACGAAACUAUCACAUUGAUCCUUUACUAGCUGAGAUCAGCGCGCCUUUUUUGCCUCAGUUUAGAUCCCGAGCCUGGGCGCAGUUCGCAGAACCCUCUAUGGAGCGGGCCUGCACGGGCCGAGGCCGGGCGGGCCAGGCCCGUCACGGGCCGGGCCGGGCCUGGAAAAAAAGACUAGACGGGCCGGGCCGGUGAUUAGGCGGGCCGGGCCGCGGAGCCAGAAAAUCGGAAAAAUAGGGUCUGCUGACCACCCCUGACCGUAUCAUGGCAGAAAGAGAGUCAAUCAUAGCAGAAAUUUCACAAAAGAAAGAAGAAUAACAGACAAAUCGAAAAAUGUACUCAAGACAAAAAAAAAAUAAAUAAAUAUCUGCCAUAUUUGGCGGCGCCUUUAAUGUUUAUCGCUGGUGUAAAGUAAUUCAUUUCGUACAUAACUUUUGAAUUUUCGAUGGCGCUGAUUUCGAAUAUCGUAUCCAUUUUUUCUGAAUUUUACAAUUUUUGCUUAAGCAGUAGUAGGAAUUAGUAAUUAAAAAAAUUUUUGAGUAAAGGAUUUAGGGUUUUCGGUGGUGCUGAAUUUGAAAAUUGUAUCCAUUUCUUCUGAAUGUUUGCCUAUCUUCCUCAAUUCUUUAAAAUAAAUGUCUUAAUUGGUAAAAACUUGGUCAAACUUGUAUGAAAUUGUGAGAAUUAUAUGACGCUUUUUUUCGCCUUUACAUCGACAAUUAGACCCUACUGCUUAAGCAAAAUUGUAAAAUUCAAGAAAAAAUUGAUAUGAGUUUUCGAAAUCAGCGCCAUCGAAAACCUCCCCCACCCCUCCCCCCGCCCAGCGGACCUUUCCGUACUCAACCCAAAAAAAAUGUAAAUUCCAGUGUUUUCAUCAAUGAGGUAUGUUUUUCUUUAAGAGUCGGUUUUGUUUUUAGAAUAUUACAUAGAAUCGUAUGUGGGCUUUCGAAUUCCGUUAAAAAAUCGAAAGUUGGACGCGUACUUUUAGAAAAUUGGGUCCAAAAUUAGGGUCCUAAGGGCAAAAAUUGGAAAUUUUGAAUUUUCCGUGGUGUUUGCGCUUGAGAACGUCAAAAUGCUUCCGCGACUCCAACCUAUGGUCAACGUGAACGGGCGACCGUGACUAUCCUCAGGGGAAAAAGAAGUUCGGGAGCUUACAGAAAAAGUGGGAAAAUUGCAAAAACAAAGAUAUAUGCUUGGCGUUCUAAAGAGAUGAUAGACAAGAUCGACAGUUAAUGCCGGAAUUUUUUCCCUAAGUCAAACCAGUCAAACAAAUCCAGUCAACCAAUCUACGACUACAACGACCCAAAAUCUAGGACUCGUUACUUGGAGUACUUCCCGUCUAAAUUUUUUUCAUAUCAAAACAUUUAUUGGACUUGUUGCGAUUGAAGUUUCUGAAGAUUCUAAGCACAGUUUCUCCAAAACAGAGUUUUGGAAAAAAAAAUUUCCCCCGUUAUUUUGUAAGUUAUUCCCAAAAUAAUCCAUAGAGAUGACUGAAAAAGAUUUUGUCGCGGAGAAAACCGCUGAUAUAAAUUUACCGAAAACAUUUUUUUUUCUUCCAUCUCCUGAUUUUGGAUCUCUCUCGUUCCCGGAACCAUGAAUAAUUCGGCGGCAAAGUAAAGGAUAAAAUUUUGAGGAGUUAAUAUGUAGCAUGCAGAAAUAAUUCGAAAAAUAAAAAAGGCGAAAAAGAUCUUGAGCGCUUCAGUUUAGCAUGACAAAUGAAAUACAAUUUUUUUCAGAUCGGCAAAGGUACAUAUGGAAAGGUGUACAAAGCCGAAUGGAAAGAGACCAACGGGUGGCACACUGAAGAGAAACGUGAACGUGGAGUUAACGGCCGAGAGAAAACCACGAGUUGCUGGUACAGGAGGGCACCAUCCUAAGGAAGGUAAAGAAAUAGCGGACGGAGAAGUAAGAAGGCAAAUUAAAAAUAUACAACAGGUUUUGACCCCCUAAAAAAUUAAAUGUCGCCAGCUUGAAACACUAUAAAGUAUAAACUUUCGGGUGAACUUAAGAGAAAAUCAGAAUUCAAAACUUAAUAAUUUUUUUCAGCUGACCCAUGACAAUAUCGUCAGGACGUUUGGGUGGAUACUCGACGAGCUCCCCUGCUCUAUGGUGAUGGAGUACAUGGAUGACGGGUGUCUCACGUCGACUGGAUCAACACCCAAACGGAGGCAGCGACUAAACGCCGCGUCCGGAAUGCGCCCUGGCAAGCGAUCUGCGCGGUGGAAUAUGUCCACUCGCGUGGUGUUGUCCACGCCGACUUGGCUGCCCGGAAUUGUCUGGUGCGAGGGGACACCCUGAAACUGGGUGACUUCGGGGUGGCGACCGACCACCCCCCGCGCAAAAUCAAAUUGGAAGGAGGUUUCCGUCGCUAUGCGCCGGAAGUGUUCGAGUCGGCCCAACUCACCACGGAGACCGACGUCUUCGCCUACGGGCUCCUUUUAUGGGAGCUCUUCCAUCCCAAAGAAUUGCCGCCCGACCUCUACGAUCAAAUGGACGGAAAAAAAGGUCAAGGCCGAGGUGAUCAACGGUUACCGCCUCCCACCGCCAGCAUUCAUGCCGCCCACCAUCCAAGCCCUUCAACAAAAGAUCUGGGCCCCGAAACCCCAUCUCGGGCCUAG